CAAAACAGAGACACGAUACGAGCGCUGGUGCUCACGUUUGCUACUGUUAGUUAAUUUUUUUACUUAUUAAAAAUCUUUUCCCCCCUCACCUGAUUGUGUCCUCUUCACCAGACUGAUACAGAUGUUCGCUCCUCCUGGAGAAGAUCUGGUCAACCAAUGGGAGAGCGAGCAGGCUCGCCUCAGACUGCAGGUGAUGGAGGAGGACACUGAGGACUGGCAGCAAAGUCCAGACUUCUCGGGCCUGGAGAGAGUCGGAGGAGUGGACCUGUCUUUUAUUAAAGGGGAUGACAUCAACGCCUGCGCCCAACUCGUGGUGCUCAGCUACCCCGACCUGGAGGUGCUCUAUGAAGACAGUCAGAUGGUGACCCUGACGGCCCCCUACAUAGCUGGCUUCCUGGCCUUCAGAGAAACCCCUUUCCUUCUGGAUGCUCUGCAGCGGCUGGAGAGGAACCAGCCCAAACUUCUGCCUCAGGUGGUGUUUGUGGACGGGAAUGGUCUCUUCCACUACAGAGAGUUCGGCCUGGCGUGUCAUCUUGGAGUGCUGUCGGGGCUGCCGUGUGUGGGUGUGGCCAAGAACCUGCUGCAGGUGCAGGGUGUGUACAAGAAUGAAGAGCACCAGUCACAGAUAGCUGCUCUGCAGAAAGGAGGAGACAGCUUCCCACUCACAGCCGCCUCAGGCAAAGUGCUUGGAAAGGCAUUGCGGAGCUCCGACAAGAGCUCUAAGCCGGUGUACGUGUCCGUCGGCCACAACAUCAGUGUGGACACAGCUGUACGCCUCACACACUCCUGCUGCCGCUACCGGGUCCCAGAACCCAUCAGACAGGUAUGCACACACACACACACACACACAACCACACACACUGCCUGUCAAAAGUGAGUUCACCAAUCGGUACAGUGUGGCAGAGCGGCUACAUUAGAGCCUGUCCUGUAGAAAAGGCAGAGCAAGAAGCGAAAGAUUUAGUGAUCAGAUGGAAGCUGUGAGGCAGAGCGAGCAGUGCUCAUCACUUGUGUAACAGCGUCCUGCUGUGAAGCAGGGACGUGUUUGAACAUCAUGCUGUGUGUUUCAACAGCAAGGCCUGGGAGACUUGUAAAAUGACAGGGAACAAUGUAUGCAGCCAAAAUAGGGAUGCUCUGAUUUAGCAAUGUGGAAAACCCUGUUUCAGACAAUAAUACGGUGCUAAUUGUCAGGGUCCUACAAAGCUACAGUGUGACAGUGAAGAGUGUUUUAGCUCUAAGGCAGGCAAUCCUUUUUUUCUGUCUUACAGCAUAUUGCCAAUGCUGUUAUCCUAAAAAUAUGUUUUCCACUGACAACAGGUAGCUGUGGGUAACGGUAUUGGUUGGAAGUGAUGGUACGAUAUUAAGAUACUCUGAAAUACUUACACUCAUAAUGCUUUGCUCACUUACUGUGAACAUCUUGUUUGAAAUAUAUUUCAUUUUCACAUGUAUACGCUUAUUUUGUUCAAGAGAAUGUCGGCUAGUAAAGACAAGGGUUUCACUUAUAUACGGUGUAUGUGCCUUUUAUUAUUGGUCUGCAUGUAUCUCUAAGCCAAACGUUGGAGAAGAGAUAACAGACACAUUGUUCUGGUGGAAUGAUUCAUGUUUCAGCAGGACAGUGACGGUAAGCACGCAGCCAAUUACCUUCACACGCCUGCAUUACCCACAAUGCAACUCCACUGCCACCAGUGCUUUGUAGAGAUUCUGGUGUGUUAUGCUAGUAGUUGCUAAUGUGGCCUUGAGCCGCUAGCCUCAAGCAGACAUGAGGAGUGGGCUACAAUGGUCUGAUGAACUCACUUUAUAACUCAACAUUGCCAGAUUUUCUUCCUUUACAAACCUUUAGUCUUCAGCCCCAACCGUCCUGUCGAGAUAUUCACCAAAGAUUUGCAUUACUUGUGAUGACCGAUCCUAACUUUAACCAUUAGGUCAAUGCCUAACCUCAACUAUCUUCCGUGAGUUUCAAAUUGAGGGAUACCAUCUCGGCACGACCCCUGACAAAGACCCCACUGAUGCUGACCCAAAUUACAUCACUUGAGGCAAUUUAUCAGACAUUGUUUUUUUUGUUGAUUUUUCUUCCUUUCUUUCCGUUUUAGUUAGCGAGACGAUAUAAUGAACUGAAUUUAAUUUAACCUCACUAUAAAUGUUUUAGUGUCACUUUACACAUGUAUGCCAUCUACUGUGUAGUGCACCCUCAACAAUGAAGUAGGUACAAAAAAUCAGCAUUGGCUUUACUGGUUUCAUGAGUAAUGUCAAAUGAAUCUUUUUAACAGCAUUAUUUUUGUUGCCAAAAAGCCAAAAAGUUUUCUCUCAAAAACGCAAUCAUUUAAAGUCAUUUAUGAGAUUUGAACUGAUCUCUCAUCCUGCUUCAGGCUCUCUGUCUUGCUGCCACUAGGCUGUGCUGUGCUUCUGCUGUUCACUGUGCUUUUACUUCCAAUCACACCACACACACACACACCCACGCAUCUCAAAAUCAGUUUUUUCGCCAGGGGAGCUGCAGUAGCUGCGGCUAACUCAUCCCCUUCUAUAUAUGUGUGUGUGUGUGUGUGUAUGUGUGUGUGUGUGUGUGUGUGUGUGUGUGUGUGUGUGUGUUUAUUUCAUCUAAGUGUCAUGUGUUUAGCUGGUGGGUGGUGGUGGAGGAGGAGCAGGCGUCUCCGGCAGCCACAGGGACUUAAUGUGGACAUCAGAGAGAACCAGGGACACUCUCACCUUCCUCUGUCCAAUCACUGGCACCUCUGUCUUUAUUUCUCUCUUCAUCCAACUGUUUUCCCUUCUCUCCCUGACUUCCACAUUCCCUUUUCUCUCUCUCCAUCUCCCACUUUUGCCCUGCUUUCUCUGCCUCCCGCACAUAUUUUCUAUUCUCUUUACUGCUGACAUCACAGAAAAAAACACAUCACAGAUCAAGAUCUGGUGAGUGUCAUGUCCGGAGUUGAACUCUGAGUUUACGUAUUUCUUUCGUGGACAGAGCAAGAUUCAGGUCCCUCAGGUCGGAGAAACCUCAGUUGCAACUUGUUGAGGAAAAAAUCUAAAGCUGUCAAUCUGACAGGAAGACUGUCUGAAUUACAUAACGGUUUUCUUUGUGAAGUCUGGAGAUAUACUGCAGCGUUCAGCCCCUCUGUCCAAACACUCAUAAUGGCAGAUUGAAGGCAAAAAAGUGCACAUAUACAUGUAAUGACCUGCUAAAAGAAUGCAUGCAGACACUCGAGUGCAUUCACAUAUCGAAUAAGCAAAUGUAUGAAAUUAAUGUCUGCACAUAUAUUCAUGGACAUGCACUUGGUUGGACUCGGAAGCUAAAUGUUGCCAGCGUCUGCAGACAUCGUGUUGUGGUUUGCAUCUAAUGGUAGUUCACCGCUGACACGCACAAAGCAGCUCUCAGAAAAGGGCAUUGACUGAACUCUUGAGGAGUGGGAUGUGUAGCACACAUGGCAUUUAUGUUGACGAAAGUAGAAAUCGCAUAACUCAUUAUGCAAGGAGAAAUAAUGAUACUGGUAGCAUACACAGAUGGAUGACACAUUUAAAGGUUAAAGGUGUUAAGAUCAACUAAGUGUCCUCGUGAUGUGUUGCUCCACCACACGCCUCCAUAACAGCUUUAAUGCUCCUUGUCAUAGGUUGUACAAGGCUGAAACACUCCAAACUCUCUUAGGUGUUCGGUUGGGUUGACUCUAAAGGCCACAGAAUAUGAUUUAUCAGUCAGUGAGCCCUCGUAUGGAAUCUGUAUUCAUUAUGUUUCUCCACUAAUGUGUUCAUAUUUAUCUUGCCGCCCCACUGUAUGUGACAGACGGAGGUAAUUGUGUGUAUUAAAUCCAAACCAAGAAAUGUCACUAAGGUCUAUAAAAGUGCUUGUUACUGCAUAAGAACCCAGUUAUUUUCUGAAAAUAUAGCUGUUUUUGUUAGUUUCACCAGUAGUCCAUAAUGCAACGGUAUUCAAUUUACUAUUAAAUCAAUUUACAAUUAUUGCAGUAUUACAUUUUCGGAAGGUCUGACUGUACAACAAAACGAAACCUUUAUACUGACUUUAUUAAUGACCUUCAUAAGGUAAUUUAUAUAAUGAUUGUAUAAAGUACCUGUACUGUUUGUCCGAAUGAGAUUUACCCGGUGAAGAUGAGUGAGUACAAGUCAUCGACAGUGUGCAGGAAUUCAUCUUCUAUUCAUAUUAAAUUAUGCCUAAAAUGGAGAAAGGCAGCAAAUCCUCAUGUUUGAGAAAAAGAAGAAAAAGAAUGUCUAAAAAUGAUAAAUAUAUUUAUUCAUUAUCAACGUUUCUGUUGAUCCAGCUCCUUAGUUAAUUGACUAUUGUUUCAGCACUACAUCCUUCAGAGCAUUGUUACAUUUGAUUAUAUUUUGUGGAAGGUACAAAGUGUGUUUUGGAUUAGCUCAGUGAGCCAGGUGUUACUUUAAGUUUUAAUACUCCGUAAUAAUGAGUUGCAGAGAAAGGGAUCUACUGCUUCAUCACAGCUGCUGGGUUUUCUUUUUGUAAAACACUAAGUGCAAAUUAACCCUUUUACUCCUGUUGCUCUUCCCGUCUUCUCCACCCCUCUCUCCACUAUUUAAUACGAUCCUCUCACUUGACAUCAUGACUGAAUU